AUGUCAGAGAGCAUCGUGAGGAAAAUCCAACCUUUCACCAUCGGGACCAAACUCUCGGCGCCAGCCGUGCCAAAGUGCUCAGACUUUCCCGACAGUUUUCUUCCAAACAGGACGUUCUCGGAUAACUGCAAACUGAGGCACCUGAACGAACAGGUGUCUCUUUAUCUCGGACACUGCGGACCCGCGGCGAAGCAUCGGCGCGAGGAGAUGUCCGACGACCACUUGAAUCGAAACACGGUCUCUCCACCGAACACUGCAUCCAGAUCCAUUCGUAAAAUCACCAUCUCCAGCCGAAUGGAGGCUGCGAUGGACAGACUGACUCCGGGGAUGGAGCUGAAGAAAAUAAGAGCCAACUCUGAGAAUAUUAAUAACAAUAACAACAUUACAACUUCCAACACACAGCUGCCUAAAAUUGUGGGUGUCAGCUGUGAGAAUAAAGCCAGCUCGCAGUUCAAGGUGUUGUUGUGUAAAGAUGGUGAAAAGCAGUGUAGUGGCGACCGAGAGAAAUUCACUUCUUCUCCACAGACCCAGAUACUCAGAACUCAAGCAAGAAAGGAUGUGGCGGAUAGUUUGCCCUGCGAGCACAAGGACAUGUGUUUGGUUUCUAAAGUCUCAACAGUGCAGAAUGAAAACAGUUUUACCCAACAAAACGCCAUCUUCAAUAAGGAGAUCACUCAGGCUGAGACGUGGAUCAGAGCGAAGCUACGAGACCUGAGGGACGCCAGUAACAUCCAUAGAUGCCCUCUGACCGACUGGGAGGAAGUUUGUCAAACCCUCCAGAGAGAUUUGAAGGACUUUGAGAACACAGUCAUACAACUUAACCAGAUGGGAGAUCAAUUAAUGUGCAAACUUAACCCGACGUCUGACCUGGUGAAGAAACAGCUGGCUCAGAUCCGCGACCAAUGGAACGCGCUCAAACUGACGGCAGCCAAUCAAAUCAAGGCCAUGGGCGGGGCUAAAACUCUGCAGGAGUUUAAUAAGAAGGUGGACCGUCUGGAGGCGUGGAUCAAAGAGAAGGAGCAGGAACAAUCGCUGGCCAACAUCCUUGGGGAAAACACUGACAAGAUGCAGCUUACCAGGAAGAUACUGGAUUUGAAACAGGAUGAGCAGCUGUAUCAUAAUCUUCAUGAGGAGAUCAAUCAUAUGGCCCUCAGACUGGAAAAACAGGGGAAAACUGAAGGAAAGACCAUCUCAACCCGCAGGAAACACAUCAACAAAAUGUGGCUGAAGGCUCAGUCGCACUUGAAAGAAUAUCACGAGAAUCUCCAACUCGCUCUCGAAGUCUCCUCUUUCUACCAGCAGGCCGAUAACAUCGUCUGUUCCAUCAUUAACAUGAGAAAAAGCCUCUCAGCAAGCAUGGAAAACACCAGAGACGGGGAAAUUCGGGACGUUGCCAGUCAAAUCAUGAUGCUGGACGUGAGCGUUUCCCAGCUCUCCAACCUGCACCCGGCGCUGGCGGCCCGCGUCGCACAGAAGCAGAGCGAGGUGAAAGACUGCUGGGCCGUCCUCCAGAAGACUCUCAGGAACGAGAAGGCAGCUCAACCCCCCUCCACCCCCUCGUUAACCAGGGACGCCAGUGACCCUGAAACCCAGAGCCAAGAGCCGCCCGGCAGCGUGGGAACGGACCCACACAGGAUUAUGGGAAAGGAGGUUAAAGAGGAACAAAAUCGUCUGAAGGGGUUUACGGCCGGGAGAGACGCCGAGCGCCACGGGAAGCCCUCAGACAGCCGGGAUGCAGGAGAGAUCGCAGUGCGAGCCUGUGCCAGCGAUAUCGCCCUCAAACUACACACCGCCACUGAAAGCGGGAACACGGCGAGGCCCGAGUCCAGCGGCCACACACCGCUCCACACGCAGCUCCAGAAGUUCACCGUUUCUGCAGACAAGACUCUCUCCUGGCUCAAAGACAGCGUUGCGAUGGCCACUCAGAUCUGCAGCUUGGCCGGCCCGAACGGUUUUGAAGCAGCCAAGAGGCGUCAGGCCUCAUUGGAACAGGAUAUCCUGUCCAACAGAGCCAGGAUAGAGCUGGUCAAGAAGGAGGGUUAUAGUCUGGUGAGGGCUCAGCAUCCGGGCAGCACCAAGAUCCAGGAGUUUCUGAGUCAGCUGGAGGUUCUGUGGGACGAGCUGAAGAGAAGACAUGAGAGGAACGGCCUGGUCCUGAAGGUCUCAGAGGAGCUCAACUGCAAGGUGGUUCGGAUGCUGCAGUCUCUGGCCAGUCUGGAGGCGUGGUUAGAGGCGGUGGAGCUGUCAAUCAGGCAGGCGUCUCUGGCCGGAGACCCCGAGUCCGUGAGCGUGGCGGAGCAAGAGAGCUGCCAGUUGGAGCGGGAGCUGGAGGCCAGACGUCUGGAGCUGCAGACCCUCAGACAGGAAGUAGAUCGUCUGAGCAGUCAAAGACAUCUUCACACUCAGCUGCUUCCUGCACGCCUGAUGGACGUGGAGAAGAAGUUCAGCAGUGUGCAGAUGGCGCUGACCCAGCAGAGCUCAGAGCUGAAGGACACGCGGAUGCUCACCGAGUUCCUGGAGAAGGUGGAACUUGAGGAAAGUCACUACGGCACCCUGGGACAGCCGCUGUGCGGUGAGCUUGACUCUGGACCGUCUCUUCUGGGCCUGCCGGUGAGCGGACAUGAUGAGCCCCUGAUGGAAGCCAUUAGAAACCCUGUGAAGGAGCUCAGAGAAGCUGUGGAGAUGCUGAAUGACACGGCGCGGGAGAGAGGCCGCUCGCAGUCACUUGACCAGAGCAUCCAGGAGCUGCUCACCAGGCAUGCCAUGGUGUCAGCGCGCGUGGAGCAGUGUCUGCAGCGCUGUGCCGAACUCGCCGUAGACGUGCUGGAGAUGGAGAGUGAGAUGGCUGUGAGAUGUGAGCCCGAUCGCUGCGGACUGGAUGACCUGCAGGAGUACCAGGAUCAGAUGGAGGCUGAAUACGGGGUCUUGAAGGAGGAGGUGGAGGCCAUGGCGAGUCUGGCGAGACGUUUGUCAGACGUGUGUCCGGAGAGGAUGAACGCUGUAGGGACUGAGAUUCAGAACAGCCUGAACGCCUGGGACGAGCUUGGAAAAAGUGUGGUUGAAAACAAGAAGCGACUCCUGCAGUUUGGACACCUGCGGCAUUUCUUUAGGAACUACCUGGCGAUGAUCUCUUGGACAGAAGACACCCGCUCCUGCAUUUUCUCAGAAAGCGCUCUGCGCCAAAGCCGAGAGAACCAGGAGCCCCUGGUGGAGGUUCUGGAUCGGCAGAUAGAGCAGAAGUUCGAGGAGUUUGAUCUGCUCGCCGUGGCUGGAAAAAAACUCUUCGACUAUGAGCAUCACCUUAACAAAAUGAUCAGAGAGAGGAUGGAGGAGCUGAGGAGCAUGCUGGGAUGGAUCCUGGUCCACUGGAGGGCUCAGAAAGAUCAGUUGUUGAGCAGACAAAAAGCUGAAGAAGCUCAGACAGACGCUAUUUACUCCGAGGCCACGGUCUGCAGCCCGCAAACACAGGUGGAAACCUCACCCGAAGUCUCUCAGAAAAGAACAGAAAGCCUUACAAGUGCUCCCCCUGGUGACCUGGAGGAUAGUUUGCAGCACAAUUACGGAUAUGAGGUGAUGAAGAGCGUCAGUCCUAAGGGAAGCGACGACAGUGGUCAUUUAGACAGGCCGGAUUCACCGUACCUGGUGCUGAAGGAUCCCAGUCCUUCAUCUUUAGGAGGCACCGUCAACCUCAUCCUCAGCUUCAGUAACUCCGGAGACACACAAAUCCAGGUACAGGCGCCUGGCAGGGAAGGUGGCGUGCCGGUGCCCGAACCUGUGCACAGGCCUGCUGAGUCUCACUCUUCUGCCUGUAAAAGCUUUUGGAAGCGCUGCCAGGGGCUUUUUGGUAGUUUAAAGAGAAAGAAAAAGAUUUAUCGACACAGUGCAGAAGAGGUAAGUACUUACUUGCAUGUUACGGAAAACAACAUGGCAGUGUAUGAGAGUAUGACGCUUCCCAGAGACAAAGCCCAGAGGCCCUCUUCCUCCUCUCCCAGGACCUCCCCGUAUGCUUUCUCUUCCCCUUGCACCUCUCCAUACUCCUCGUCCUCCAUCGAGGACACCCUUCAGCAGGCCAACAACCUCCUCCCAAAGAAUGGCAACGUCUCAAUCUUUAGCAGCCUGAAGAGGAAGAGCAAGAAGGCGAAGAAGAAGAAAGAUGACCGUAGACACACUAUUCAGAAGAUCAUGGGAGAGGAGCUGUCAGAGGAGGCUGAUUUGCCACCUGUAUGUGAACCGUUGACAUACGAUACACACACUUGGCCCCUGAAAGAAAGGAAGAAGCGGAAAAAUGCAAGGAAACCAAACAGCGAUGGGACUCAGGUCUUGGACUACAUAAAGAACCCUUUAGUGAAAGAUAUAGAUGCAGAAUGUUCAGGAGCCGUUGAAUCUCCAGUUCAUCAAACCUUAGAGGUUGCCAUCCAAGGACAUGUAAAGAACCACUGCAGAUUUCUGUCCUUGGGCUCGGUGUUAAGUUUCGACCUGCCCAAGGAUAUGAGCCUCAUCCCUAGCAUUCAAGAUGUCAUCACAAUUGGCCCUCCUGAGCAAAAAAAGACAGACUCUUAUCACCAGGACUCUCAGGUUGAUCGUCCAACAGCUCUGAGUACCUUUAAAACUGCCCGCUCACCUCCAGCGCAAAAAGAAGAGCCCAAACAAAUCUCCCCAGGUGAAGUAACCCUCAAGAUUGAUUGUACAGACUCCAAAAAGAUCAGCAUUGACACCCUUUCAUUUACUGAAGAUGAAUUUCCUCCUCCACCUUCUCCAGUUGUUGAAGACAUCUCAUUUGAGGAGAAUCAUCUCUCAUCACUCAAUGAUCUGACUAAUAUCCAACAGAAACACUUGUCUGGGAUCAGUAUAGUGCCCAAAGAAGAGGUGGUUAGUUGGAACGCAAAUGCAGCUCAACUUGAGAACAAGGAGAACCACUAUGUAAGUAUUCCAGAAGAUGCAAGCCAAGGGAUAGCCAACCACAGCUCAGCUACGGCAGAGAUUCAUGUAUGUCCUAGCAUCCAUACCCUGGUUCACAAUCUUAAUGGACACGUGUUCCAUAGGCCAGCGAAGACCUCCAGCACUCAACAGUUAAGUCCUAGCCAUGCAUCUCAUGUGGUGUUGAACUUCAGAGCCAAUGGAAGAGAGGACUCAGUGGACUCUGGUCACUCUAGCUCUGGAAGCUUCAAGUUAUGUGCCGAGGGUACGUACGUAGACUCCUCAGAUUGUCCAGUUCCCAAGAGGACCAUUGGGAAGGUGCCAUCCAUGGAUGCAGGAGUCUCCAACAGGAACUUAGAGUUCUCCAAGGACAAGAGCAUUACCUUAUCUAUCGACAUUGAUGAUCCGGUUCAUCCUGACCAUCAACAGUUUGAGCAGGAAGAGGAGGAGCUAGAGGAUAUCUGGAACCACACCAACAGCUACCGAGAGAGUCUAAACUCUGACAUCAUGUAUAAUGGCUACCAGGCCAGCUCUUCUCCAGACCAGCACAGGGAACCCUCACCCAAAGAACAAGCAGUGCUCUUCAGGAAACUGGUCACAGCCUCUGCACCCAACCUUCUUGUGGCUGAGUUCAGAUUGCCACCAUCUAUCCAGACUAUGGUGGCUUCUGGGAAGCAGCAGAACCCAAGGGAAGAAAGGCAAAUUCUGGAUAAAGGGGACAGGAGGUCAUGGGCUGCAUUCACUCAACAGGAACAGGUUUACAAACAGGUGGCUGUUAAUGAAACUGCUUCAGAUAUGGUGAAACUACCCGAAAUAGAGGACCAGCAAAAGUAUAUCUACCAUUAUAGAGAGGAGGAGGAAGAGGAGGAGGAGGAGGAGGAGAAGGAAACUGGGUUUCUGAAGGACCAGUCCAUGAGCCUCCUGUCUGUUCAUAUGGGAUUGGAUGGGGCUAAUGAUAUCCAGAGCGUAAGACAAGAACCAGAACUGCCGUCAAUGGAAGGUACACUGGAGAGGAAACACAAACUACAACUGGGUGGAAAGAAGGCACCAUGCAGGGCGUGGAACUCCUAUCAUGCUGUGCUGUACAAGCAAACAAUAUGCUUCUAUCAGGACAGGAAAGAUACACUCAAGAGCUGUGUGACCAGCCUUCCUCUGAACCUAAUUGGAGCUGUGUGUGAACCGUCGCCAGAGUACACCAAAAAACCCAACUGCUUCUGCUUGAGGUUGCAGGACGGAUCUGAAUAUCUUCUCAGUGCCUCGUCCCGAUUUAUGAUGAAGAAAUGGAUCCUCAGAAUCCAAGCAAACACUGCGUCUAGUGAUUCUCUAGUGAAUAGAUCAACGUGUCGUGGGUCUUCAGCUUCAGCGACGCUCCCUAGACAUUCUCCUGCUAUCACCGGCUGUCAGUGUGGAGAUAAAUGUCACUGCUCCAUGAGAAAUUAUGUCACCACCACCGUUUUAGCACAGAGUCAGCCCGCCUCAGGCCGAACCAAAGAGAUCGUAGUCCACACCAGUGACGCUCUGCAGAUCCACCAAAGGCAUCAGGAUCUGUUGCUCCCCUCGUUCUCAGAUGCAGGUCAUUGUGAGGAUGAGUUUGACUCUCAUGGCGAGUGUCUGAGACAGAAACCGUCCUCUUUGUCCACCAUUCAGGGCUGGACGAGCGAAAAGAGACGCUCACACUCCUUUACCUCAGCCACAUAUCAGAGGAUCAAGCCUGUAGCGCCCCCUUCAGGCAAAGUCCAGGACAGCAGCUCCAGCUAUUCUGUGACUCUCUUCAUCGGAGAUCGUGAGAUGCCGUCAGUCUGUAAAAGCACAGCGACGGCCUCGCCAAACGGCGUCCGGCAGGAGUCCUUCUCCGAUCUGCCCACGAGGAACUACAUGAGCCUCCCGCGACCACCCAACAAAUCCGUCUUCAGGAAGUUCUUUGGGAAAAAGGAGUAACGGACACUUUUUUUGUGACACUGCAGGUCAAAGACCUUGACUGACAUGUGCAGGACACAAGUUGAAAAACACUUUUCUUACAUUUAUUUAUGGAUUUGAUGGCGAGAACCAUUUUUGUACACUUUUAAAUGAGAACUUGUAUGAUUGCGUUGAUGUGUAAUGUUCACUCCGUCCGCAACUUCUCACUUUAUCAGCCUGUUUGAUGUCGGAUGUAAAUGGAUAGUUUAGUCAAAAAAUGAAAAUCAUGCCAUUUACUCACCCUCAUGCUGUUCCAAACCCAUACGACUCUUUCUUUCAUAGGACAUUAUGCAUUUAGGUGCAGUUUCAUCACUGAGCCAACAUUCAUAAUAUGCAACACCAGGUUUAUUAGACAGAAAAUGCAGAGAAGAACAAGCUGAAAUAAAAACAACGAAGUCUGUAAAGCUUCAAAAAGACAAAACACACCACAAAAGUGUCAUAACAAUAGUGCAUAGUUGCUCUGAAGUCAUAAAACAGCUUUGUGUGAGCAACAGACCCAAAUUAAAGUCUAAAUAAAUAAAUUUAUUACUCAAAUUUAAGUCUAAAUUAAAAAAAAUAUAUAUUACUUUUUACCAAGCAUUUUAAUCAAACUUGAUUGAGGGCCUGGGCCAAAAGUAAAUACAUUAUAUCCACUAAAUUAUAAUGAUAUAUUAAAUUCUAUAAUAUAUUAGUUUGUUAAAUCCAACUAUAUUAUGUUAAAAUGCAUAAAAUAAAAAAAGUUAAAUAAUUUGAAUUUAUUUAUUUAUUUAUUUUUAUUUAAAAAUUUAAAUAUCACUAUAAAUUUUUCAAGAAAAUUCACUUGUAUUUGUUUUGUUUUUUUUUGGUUUUGUUUUGUUUAGUUUUUUUGUUUUUUACAUUUCAAAGUAAAACUUUGUUUUAAAAAUCCUAAAACAAAAACGUUAAUUAGAAAUAGAAAUAUACUUUAAAUAGCUUGUUUUGUUUUUUUUUGUUUUUUUCAAUUUAAUGGUUAAUUAAAUUUCAAUAAUCAAAAGGCAUGAAUAUCAUGAAACUUAGACAAUUUUACAUUUUUAACAAAAAAUACAUUUUAUGAUCCUGUAAAAUAAGUUUGUUUUCCAAAUUCUGUUUUUGUUUUUUUCGCAAAUUUGUUUUUUUCUGUUUUAAUUUUUAGUUUUAAUUUUAUAAUUUAAUCGUUACAUUAAAUUUUAGUAACCAAAUACAUCCCCUUUCGUUCAAUAAAAUCCAUCACACCUGCCUAGGUGUUUUUAAUGACCCUAAACACUUCAAUUAGCUCAUUCAGGUGUGUUUAAUUAGCCCGUAAUACCAAAACUCUGCAUGAAAGUGGCUCUCAAUAAGAAAGACUGAACAGAUUAUAGUUCAAAAAGUGAAGAACACAAUAAAAUAGAAACAUCAUGAGGGUGAGUAAUGACCUAUUCUUACUAAAAAAUGAUUACUGUGUCAAAAUGUUUUAGUUAUAGCCAUCACCAUUGGUGUGAACUUUCAUUUAUGAACAAACUCUUUCUUCAACCUCAACAUUUUCCCAUGCUGAGAUUUCAUCAUUUGCCAGAUCUUAUUUUUCAUGUGUAUAAAUGAGUGCAGUUUGCUGUGGAUGUGAUGACAGCCGUAAAAUACUGCCAUAAUGAAUCUACUGAUAUGAGACUUUUGAUACUUUGUGUUUUCAGUGUUCUCACCGCAUUCCUAUUUCAGUUUUCAGUUCAUGUAUGUUUUGUUUUUGGCAUGGGUUGCAAUUUCUGUUGAUUAUUAUCUCUGAGUUUCAGAUGUCCACUCAUUGUUUAGUUUCUCUGAGGUUUUGGCACAUAUUAUUUGUCAGCUUGUCAUGUUUUUUUUUUUUUCUGUUGGCUGGUUUGAGUUCUGUGUGGUCUUUCAGGGUUCGUUCAACCAGAAAUGAAAGCUGUGUCAUUAUUUAUUCACUUGAGGGUGAGUAAAUGUUGACAGUAAUUUACAUUUUUUGGCCAACUGUCCCUUUAACAUGUGUGUGUUUCCAGACUAAACAUUUGAUUCACUUACUCUAGCUUUGCUUUCUGUAUUUAAACUAAAGCAGUGUGUCAGGAUGUUUUUAUAGAAGAUGUUUUUUUUUUUUUUUUUUUUUUUACUGUUUGGUCAUGCAUGAUCUUUUGAGAUCUUUUGAGACCAUUUUUACACAAUUUAAACGUUAUGCAUAAUUUUAGAUAUUUUACAGUGGAAAAUAUGUUCAGAUUGUACAAAAUUUCUUGACUUGUGCCUUGAAAAGAAAAUAAUGUUUUUAUAAGCAUUGUAAGAAAAGGUCAUUUAAAGAUGUGGCAAAUCAGAAACGCUGCACUGGUUAUGGUAUCAUUUUAUUGAGUGAUAUGCAUCCAUAAACUACCAUGCAAUUAUGAGUGUCCAAAAAUAAUAAAUUGGAUUAAUAAAUACUGCAGAAUAAGUAUA